AUGGAGCCCGCUCUGGCACCCUGCGGCAACACUCAUCUCCCUCUCUCACUCACCGACCUCACAUGGCCCAACAAGCUUGUGGCCGAGCUUCAUCACAUCGCCAAUGUGAUGGAGAUUCCUUCGAAUGUCAAACGCAAGCAGGAUCUCCGGAACGCCAUCCACAAGACCCUUCCCCGCUUCGCUGAUGAUGCUUGCUUCGAGAGCCUUCUUGCGUACCGCAUUAACCCCGUCCCAGAGAAGACGAGUGCGGACAAGGAAGAUGAAGUUCUCGCAGAGGAGCAGGGACCCGUGGUGCCAGAAAAGGGCGCUCACAAGAAGUUGCUCGACGCCAGUACAACAGUUGAUCCCCCUCCACGGAGUCUUCGUCUUCAUCCAGCUCGUCUCAUUGCUCACGACAAGAAGAUGGUCAGCAAGAAGCAGGAUGCUGACGAGCAAAACGAGGGUGAAGAAACUGAAUCCGAAUCCUUGGCCCCUACGCCUGCACCAAGCGUGACUGAAUCGGAUACAGAGGGCUUUGAGCGCAGAAACGAGAACAUCAUGGAACAGGUCCCCAUUCUUGUUCGAGUUAAUCUGUUUGACUCCCUCAAGCAGCCCAUUGACCAAGUGUAUGUGGACCAGCAUAAGGUGUCCGUGACCCGCUGCAGCACGGGGACCGCUCAUAUUGCCAACCUCACAAGUCUGCUUCCCGAGGCUCUCAAGAACGAUUCUCCUCUCAAAGCUCGUGGGGGGCGCUUCUUUCGGCCGGCUCCGGACCACGGACCCCUGCCCAUCCAUCUUGGUUCUGUAGACGCCAUCUCGCGCGGUGCGGCACCAGGAAUCAAAGUUCAGAUUGUCGAUCAGUACCAGCUGAGACAAGAGGGGGAUCUGUUCAAUUGCGACAUCUUUUGGAGCCCUGCGUCCGGAGAACCUUUGCUCGCUGCAGCGUCACGUGUUGUAGAUGCAGAGACGGAUCAUAUGGGUGGCAAUGGUGACCCUGGCUGCCCGCCUGCUCUGCUGAACAUCCCAGCAGGCGAUCUGCCUCCCAAUGCGCCUGUGUUUACAGGGACUCUUUCCGACGGUCCCAAGCACAUUGCGGAUACCCACACAUCUGUGGAUCCGUUUGUGGCAAAUGCUGACCCUCGUCUGCGCCCCGAGUUUGAGGCUUGGCUCUACGCGCUGGUCAAGUUGACCGUCCCCAAUAUUCCCGAUCGCGGAGAUGAGUGGAAGAAGUGCAAGACUGCUGCGGAUCUUCUCGAGCGUUACAAAGUCCAGAGCGCUAUCUUCGCAGCCCUCAGUGGGAUGCAAGCGGGAACCACAGCCUACCGGGUGCCCAUCAAGUCUGCCCUCUGGCCCGGUGUCCGUUUCAAGAAAUCCUUUGCCUUGCUGGUUUUUGGGUUAAAGACCUCAAAUACUGAUGACAUUGCACGCUACUUUAAUCCGGAUGUUACCUGUUCCGAUGCGGAGAUUGAAGAGUGGGUUGUGAGCGAUGGCAAGGAGAAUGAGCACAUUGGACGGCUCAAGACUAAGAUGUUCAAGGAUCGUCUUGCACCUGCGCUCAAGAGCACAAGGACUGCAUCAUCUCUGGUCCCUGAACUCGAUCGCAGUGCCCGUUAUUCCGCGCAACUCACCAGUGAUCUGACCGGGAUUCUGGGCAUGCUCGGAUUUUAUCCAGCUGACUUCUCAGAAGGCAUGCAAGAUCCGCGAUCGUUGUUUCCUGCUCUUCCUGUCAUAUUGGUCACCAAGCAUCUCUUUUGCGUCUUCUGUCCCGUAGGGGACCUCAACUUGGCACCAACUCUUCGCCGCCGGGAGAAACCGCAUACUAUCUGGCUUUUAACUUCACAGCUUGCAUGGGUCCAGGCUGACGUGUUUGUGGCCCAUUGCGCAUCAUGUCAAGCCGAUUAUCACCCAGACUGUGUCACAUUUCGUGUGACUCCCGAGAACCGAUCUCGGCGUCUCCAGAAGUUGGAUUUCGAUGCGGAUUAUAUCCGUGUCUCCAAGCACGGUGUAUGGGUAUUGCGACGCGUUGCAGAAAUGCAAGAGAGUGCUUUGAAACGAUUUCAUGGAGGAUGGUCAAACUUUGCCGACUGGAUAAACGAUGUCACUCAAUCAGAGCGGACCUUCACCUAUCGCCAAGCUCAACGCUUGUUCAUUGAGCAUUCGGCUCGAAGAUUGCUAGUUUUUCAUGAUCUUGGAUGGGACUUCACUUGCCGCCCGCAUUCGAGUGCUUCGAGCCUGUCAAAGGCUGUGCGAGAAGCUGUUGGUGAAAAUGGUGGCAGCAGCAAACGAGCGAUGAUGCAUAGUUGCACCGAAUGCACCCAUCUUAAACGGUAUCGCUCGGAUCUUGUCAAAGAGGGUGUGAUCUUAGAAGAUGCAAGCGCGCAAGCUUCACGGGGAGUCGCUGGUCUUGAGGAUGAGGAAGAGGAGCUCGCAUUGGGAUUGGAUGGUGUUCAAUCCUCAGACGAUCCAGCCCUAGAUCAACUGGCCAGUCCUAUCCAACAGGGCUCUCCACCUGAGGGUUCGCCGCGAGGCUAUGUCCGCCUCGCUGUCAUGGAUGGCAAGACAAUUACACAUCGACCGGAUCUCAUACGUGUUGAGGUGGAUUCAGCCGGACGGAAACAUCAAACACGGGCAUUCAAUACGGAGACAGCUGAGCAGCUGAAUUCUUGGCUCUCCGGAUUUGAAUCACAACUGCGACAGAUGACGGAUUUCAACUAUGACUUUUUUGUUCAUGUUUUAUUCAUGAUUUAUUCAGAGCGGGUGGAGAGCCAGGUUAGGGAUAAGGAGCAGAAUCUGGACGACGAUUUCUGGGAGGCAGCGCUGGGUACUAACAACUGA